UCGUCGCUGCGAAAAACUUUGGUGACGCUGGCACUCGCGCGAGUACCAACGUUGGCGUGAGCGAAGCAAUGGGGUGAACAUUCCAUGCUGCCGAAAGAAUUUCGAAUCGACGACAAAAGGAAUGCAGAGGGCAGCAGAAACGAGGAUACCCAAACAGGACUUCAAACUCCAAUGAGAUCUUUGUGCAUGGCAGUGCGACAUUGCCUCCACGUGGCGGAUUGGUUGAAUUUCACAUAAAUUGAGAAGUGUUUAAACCCCCGAGUUUUGCAGAGCGCCCCUUUUGCCGCAGCUAUGAGCGUUAUGGUGUUGCUCUCCGUAGCCUUUGGCACACUUAAAACAAGUGGCUCUUUGUACGACGCAAAGCCCUUCUUAGGCACUCGCCGCUCGCCACAGCGAUCGGGUGUCGCGAGUUCAUUUUGUACGUCGGUGAAAAUACUCGCCGCGCGCAACAGAAUGGCAUGUUUCAAGGAAUUAACAAACAAAAAAGUACACGCGAUUAUGUUAAUGCGCCGUCUCCGUGAAAUUGUCGGCUGAAACUAAAACGCGGCGUCAAGUUUCCAAUCGCGUCGCUAUUUACAGCCAGCGCCAAACCGCUGCCAGUAUCUUGGUGCAGUCCGGCAUAGUUUGGGUCGGUUUGGAAGCGAGGGCCGGUGCCAGAAUGGGGCACAUGCGCUGCGUUGCGCAAGACGCGAAGGCAGAUGUCUGCAUCCGCUUGUGCGUGCCGGGUUAAAUUUCCGAAACCAAAAAAAAAAUAACCGGCGGAUUGAAGGGGACGUGCGUGGCAGUUUGACACUCGCUGCCGGAGAGAGAGAAAAGCACGACAAAGACGAGGACACAGAGUCCGCCACUUCGACAUUACGAACGGACCCGGCGCCAAAUUGUUUCUCGUUCUCCUUCAUGGUGGAACUACUCGCAGAGCCCAAUCGCGUUCUCCUCCUGCACGUCGACGGCGGCGGACUUGUGGGACACGUUCCUCGCAGCGGCGGACGGCGCAGGGACAUGCACAUUGCCCCGGCGGUCGGAGCCCGAGCAGCAACCCAGCGCCUGGCUGUUAUUAGGCUAACGAGCAGUUAGGGGGGCGCGGGGGGGGGGGGGGGUGUUCGCCAUGUCAAGGAAGAACAGAGCACCGAAGCUCAGGUGUUACGUCGACGCGCCAGACGGAGGGUGGGGAUGGAUCAUCGUGCUCCACUUCUUCAUGGUGAACGUCUUGGUGAUGGGGAUGCUGAAAUCCUUCGGCUUCUUCUUCGUGGCAUUCCAAGAGGAGUUUUCGGAGAACGCCGAGCGAAUCAGUUGGAUUGGAUCCAUCAUGUCCAGCCUACGCCUCAUGGCCGGACCCCUGGCAUCCGUGUCAUGUGGGCGACUGGGGGAGAGGGGCACGGCCGUGCUCGGGGGGGUCAUCGUGGCCGCGGGCUUCUUCGUGUCUGUGCUCGCGCAGAGUGUGCCCUUCCUGUACAUUACUCUGGGCGUGCUGGUAGGUCUGGGCUUUGCCCUCAUCUACCAGUCGGCGAGCAUCAUGACCGCACGCUACUUCAAGUCGCGCCUCUCCACAGCCUACGCCAUCUCGCGCUCCGGCAUGGGCCUCACCUUCGCCCUUGCACCCUUCACGCAGAUGUUGCUGGACAAGUACGGUUGGCGAGGAGCCCUGCUAAUCCUCGGCGCCCUCAUGCUGAACUUGAUUCCGUCUGGAAUGUUGCUCCGACCGAUCCACCUGCUGGACGACCUCGGUUCGGCACAAAUCGAAAAGUCGGCGCACGGACCGGGGAACGAAGACCAAGCGGGCGACAUCGCCAUCGUGUGCCCGGCGCAGGGGGAACGGCGCGGAGCGGCAGAGCAGGAGCAGAAUAGGUGGGAUGCUGCCCCCGUGCUCAACGCCGCGCACACUUACGAAGGCGGCGAUGCCAGCAGCGGGAGGAGGACAGGCGUCGACACUGGAGAGAGCACGGAUCUUCCCAACGGAGGCGGAAAGGGCCCCGCUGCCCCGCCGGGGCGGAGGGCGACGCCGACCCGGGCGGGGUCGCCGUGCAGCGACGGCGCCUCCCGUGGAGCGGAGGCGGAAAGCGAAAGGCGCCGCACGGCCAACUCCGGCAACAAUCCGCAGCGCGUGAGCGCGAGGCGCAAGUGCCAGCGCGUGCACGUGGAGGUUGCUGACGAGAGGGGGGCGACGUCCUGCCCGCCUUGCGGUGGGCAAGAGCCGAAGUCGGAGGAGAAACUCCUGGACAUUUCGCUGCUCAGGGAACCGCUGUUCCAUGUGUACACGUGGUCUGUGGUGUUCAGCCAGCUGGCAUACUUCAUUCCAUACUUCCACUUGGCAGCGCGGGCACAGACGCUGGGCAUCGAUCCAAUGAAAGCAUCACUUAUCAUCUCCAUGGCAGGUGGACCUGCUGGGCGUGCAGAGGGUUCGCAGCGCCUUCGGCCUCUCGAUGUUCUUCGUGGGCUUUGGCUGCCUCAUGGGGCCCCCCACUGCAGGCUGGCUGUACGACAUCACGCACACGUACGACUCUUCCUUCUUCCUGGCGGGCACGUGCUACCUCAUCGCGGCCGUGCCCCUGCUCCUGGAGCCGCUGGCUCAGGCUCGCGCCCGGCACCACGACACCGCGAGGCCCCUGGGGACCGGCUCACCGGUUCCCGGCCUCAGCGGGGAGUCGCUGGGCCCUCUGCCCGGAUCCGGUCCCCCGACGUCACGUGGAUGAAAAUGCAACAAAGAGCAAUGGCAGGGGCUGCGCAGAAACAUAGACCUCCCCCCCCACCCCCCCACACCCCCAUCCACCCUGGAAAAUAUACUCAACGUCACCCACAAUACUCCACAACACGGCAACAUGAGUUUGUAUGCAAUAUAGCAGUUUUUUUUUGUUACAGAUUCCCAUAGUUAAUAUCGAGUACUCUUGCCAGUGGAAUCCAGUAACCGAGCAGCCAUUUGUUUUGAAAGCCUGACCCUGCUGAUGAGACUCAGAAGGUGUUCGGAACCGGGUCGAGAGUUUGCUUGCUUGAAUAAAUGCUGCCGAAUAAUGUUGAUCUGGAAAGCCAAUAGACAGAUGUGACUAACAUCUCACUUUUUACUUCUUAUGUCGAGACAAAAAAGCAGUCAUGGUUGUAUUUGCUUUUACUCCAUUUACCUACAUUACAUGGCAGGAUUUUGACCAAUGGCAAUGGCUAGGGGAGGCACUCAUCCAGCAGUGGAUUGACGAUGGCUGAUGGUGACCAUUAAGCAACGCUCGAUAUGCAUAAUAAAGCCGGAUUGUGCACUUACCAUAUUCUCUGUAUUAUAAGACGCUCCGGAAAGUGAGAUGCAUCUUCUUGUGCCCAGGGUGAAUCUAGUUUUACAAAUCUGGUCACACACACACACACACAAAUAAACUUUAUUAUAAGACGCGCGUCAGCUUUUUGCUUUAAAAUACAGGGGCAAAUGAUGUGUCUUAUUAUCUAGAAGAUAUGGUUAAUACAUAGUCCUUUAGUCGGUUCACUGCUGAAUGAGAGUUGUGCUCAUUGUCGGGAUUAUUUCAUCAUACUUCACCACGGUGGUCAGUGUAGGCCGAUUAAGGUACCUCCGAUUAGCACCGUUGGCUUUGUAUGGUCCGAAAGAAGUUCAACAUUUAUAGAAGGGAGCAUAGUAGUUGGAGCACGGCACGGUGCAACAAUGUAUGUUGCCGCACUCUGCUCUGCCGACAACGUAGCCCCGCAGCAGCCUAUAGCACCUGUGCUACACAUGGUGGUGGUGGCCCAUCCAACCAUGAUCCGGCUUCUACCGCUGCAUAGCUUCUGUGAUCCGGUGGGAUCAGGCGCAUUAGUUGUAGGCAGCUAUGUAUGAAGCGAAUGCACGCGUUCAAACAAAAAAAGACUUACAAAAACAUGAUCACAAUGCAUGACAAUAAUAAUGGAGGCGCUUCCUGUUAAAACUUGACAACCCACACUCUUUCGUUCUUUCGCUAAAGUCACGUAGGUAUAAAAUAAAUCACGACGUUUCGGGCGCAACACAAGCGUCCGUCAUCAGGUGCGUUGCGCCCGAAACGUCGUGAUUUAUUUUAUUUUAUACCUACGUGACUUUACCGAAAGAACCAAAGAGUAUGGAUUCCUGCAGUCACGAAAGCUUCAAAUUAAGAUUGGUAACCCACGUAGAUAGACUGCAUUACAACAACAAACAACCGCAUUGACACGUCGAAAAUCCACUGCGUCAAUUUUAGUGGUUGCGCUGCAGAGCCGCCUGGCGAGAUGUCGGGUUGUACCGCGGUGUGUAUGUUGUUUAGUGUGAUGCUGUGAGAUUACACGGAGAGAACUCAAUUCAAGUGUGUAUGUUGUUUAGUGUGAUGUCGUGAACUUAGACGGAGAUAACUCAAUUCAAGUGUGUAUGUUGUUUAGCGUGAUGUCGUGAACUUACACGGAGAGAACUCAAUUCAAGUGUGUAUGUUGUUUAGUGUGAUGCCGCGAACUUACGUGGAGCGAAUUCAAUUGAACCUCCCAAAAAAAGCUCUCGGCACGUGCAGCGAAACGUCGGACAUCGUGCUUAAACAACACACGGCACGAUGCGACGACAUUACCGGAGGGCCGGUGCAUGCGAAUCCACAUACGAUAGUUUGUUUUUAUCGGAUCAUCUCCCCUCAGGUGGUCACGCAAUGAAGUCAAUUCACUUUCAAGGAUACCCUUCAAUCAGAGGGCAAUAUUUCCUUGGUAUUUACAAAUUCCACGACUUUAAUUGUCAUUUUCACAAAGGGUGAAUUGAAAAAUAUGGACUAAUAAGGAUGAAAAAAAGGUAUGUAUUGUUCAGCCAACGUGUUCAUGAUCAUUCAUUGUUCAUCACCUUCUAUUUUUCUUCUCUUUAACGGUCAAAUCACAGCGCAGAAUGUCGAUUUCCAGCUACCACAAGGUGGCUCUGUAACUCAGAUUAGCGGUUGUAACCGAUACAAAAAAAAAGUUCUGGAAGAAAAACUCAUGUACGCCACACGCAUUUUAUACUUAGUAUUAUUUUUAUCGAUAAAAUAUAUGUUAUUGUUUAAACAAUUAAAAAUAAAACAUCUAUUAUAACCAUGU